UGGAUACCAACUCUUUUCUUUUACUACACCCGGUCAUCGAACAGCCUCUUGCCUCGAGUUAGCUUUCAAUUUUGCCGUUUCGAGGAAAAAACCGGAAGUCUCGGAGAAAAUGGUGAUUCUCAGAUCAUUAUUGCGUUCUGUUCGCGCCAGAUCUUACGUCAUCGCCGGCGUCACGCACCGGAAUUUACUACAGAGUCACCAUCAGGCUGCCCGAAGUUUCUUCUCUCUGUCGUCUCAUCGUUCUUCUUUCUCAGAUUUUCCGCCGAGAGUUUCUUCUGCAGAUUGUGGCUAUCUAUCUGGUGUAGCGCACGCUAGAUUUUUUAGUGUUGAUGUAGUUAAUAUGCCUACAAUUGGAGAUACCAAGCUUCAGAAUGCUUUCAAGGAUUUGAUGGCUGCAAGUUGGGAUAACCUUCCCGAGUCUGUUGUCUAUGAUGUAAAGGCAGCAUUAUCUGGAAGCACUGAAGACAAGGCUGGAAAGGAAAUUGUGGAAAAUGUUUUCAGAGCAGCUGAAGCGGCAGAGGAUUUUGGUGAUAUACUUGUCAACUUGAAAAUGGAAAUUGAUGAUAGCAUUGGUGUCAGUGGCGAGGAUGUUAAGCCUUUGUCUGAUGAGCUUAAGAAGGCACUACAAACAGUUUAUGAUCGCUAUACAGCCUACUUGGAUGCAUUUGGUCCUGAGGAAAACUAUCUGCGAAAGAAAGUUGAAACCGAGUUAGGAACUAAGAUGAUAUACUUGAAAAUGAGAUGCAGUGGCCUUGGAUCCGAGUGGGGAAAGGUUUCUGUGCUGGGAACCUCUGGUCUAUCAGGGUCAUAUGUCGAGCAAAGGGCAUAAAUUUGGCUUCUUUGAAAGUCUGGCUGUAGUUUGCUAGCCUACUCUAGUUUGGGUGUUUGUUUUUCAAUGUUUUAUUGUCUGUCUUCUCUCAAAUCCAAUAAAUUGUGGAUUUAAUGGCAAUUGAAUAAGAUCUCACAUUGACAAAUGAGUUCUCGGAAUUUAACUUC